AUGGAGCUACAGUGGCCGAUUUUGUCCUCACUUCCCGACCACGGCCCGAUCGGCCUCCCGAUCAGCAAGCAACGAUGGCGACGAAACCAAGUCGCCUGCGACGCAUGCCAUUCUCGUCGAGUUCGAUGCGACAUGGUCUCCCCGGCACCAUGCUCCCGCUGCCAGGCCAGGGAUGUUAACUGUGCUAUUACGCGCACUCGGCGGAAACGCGGGCGAAUCGCAAAAUCCAAGCUAGCUAAGGCUAGCGGGGGGCAUGAUACCUCUGAGUUCUUUAACACCCCUGCAGGCUGCGCUGAGGAAAUGAAGAUCGAGGAGAAAUGUAGUACCAUCUCGCCACCGAGCUCGUCACCUAUCAACCUCCUUACCCCAGAUUCAGUUACACAGCAACCCUCGCCGGUAUUCAACGAAAUCGACGCGCUCUUGGCCUUGGAAAUGGGCGACGGUUGUCAGGGAACGACUGAUGCGCAACUCUUGGAAGGAUUGGGCAUGGGCAUACCAGAUGAUUGGGUGUCGACGCGUGAUUUUCCUGUUUUAAGCCCAGAUGAUGAAGCUGCUCUAUCACCACUGCCAGAUAUUUGGACGGUGGAUGGCAUUGCUCCCCGAGAGGCGGGUCUGAUGCCUCCACAACCACCCUCCCCGCCGAAACGCGAUAAAGCUGCUUCCGAAUCGACUGCGAGACCCCCUUUGAAAUAUCAGGUGCUGAAAACCAUGAUGCCCUUUCUCGAAACACAUCUUUCGCCCCGACUUGUCAACGAUUUGCUCGAACUAUACUUCACUGGUCAGAAUGUCCAUUGCCAGAUCUUGCACAGGCCUUCUUUUUUAAGUCAGGAGUGCUGCUCUGCGAAGCCUGCACUGUUGGCAAGUAUACUCUGGCUAGCUGCCUCGAACGAUGGGGUCUUUUCUUCGCUGUCGGAGCAGCGGCGGGUGUGUCAGUUUCUAAGUGACCUGACAAAGACUUUGUUGCAGCCUUCAGGCAGCGACCACGUCAGCAGCCCAGGUUGUUCAAUGAAAUUUGGCACACUAACGGCAGAUGAGGCAUUAUCUCCGACAACAAAUGACAUUCUUGAAAGUUUGAAGGGUGAUGGUGGCCUGCCAAAGCCCGCCGGAAAUCUGGAUGACCUUAUAACCUACAUCCAUAUUGCUUACAUUCUCUCUGCUGUACAAGACACUGCAGCUCUAGCAUGGUGGGAGGCGUGUUUUGCUUCAGCUAAGCAGCUCAAUCUCAACCAGGAGAUCCCAGACAUGACCAUUGCAGAUCUUAGCAACCAAACUGAAUAUCCAUGCCGUGAUUUUCCGACCCGUUCUAUCUUGACAGAAGUGUAUCGUGAAGAGCGCAGGCGAACAUGGUGGCUUCUUUACACGAUGGAUCGUCAUCUCGCAUUAUGCCACAACCGUUCCGUAUCCCUACUUGAUAAAGAAUGCCACGGCUUGCUCUUUCCACUGGAUGAAGCUUCCUGGCUGAAUGAAACCAACAAUUCUUCUCAUGACUCACAAUCAGAGAGGAAAAGCGAACGACGGUGUUUUCCUGACUUCCGCUGUCACGACUCUUCCUUGUUCGGAUUGUUGCUUCCGGUUAUGACAAUCAUGGGGGAUAUUAUUCAGCUCAAUUAUGGGCGGCAGCAUGACAAGGAAGUGACAGUGGCGCAAGUUCUGCGACAUAUCGAAAUAUAUCAUGCCAGUUUAAUGGAUUUUACCCCGUCCACGACCUCUUUGGAUUUCAACCUCGAAGCCUCCGAACCAUUCGUCAACCCACAGGCUGACAAAAAUGAAGCCUGGCACAGAGAAACAGUGGAUGCCUACUCUUCUUACUUGGCCCAUGCUCUUAAACUACUACUGUUAUUGGGAAAGUGCGACUGGCCGUCCCUGAUUGAAAGCAACGACUUCGGGACUUCUUCAGUUUUCGCAGACACAGUGUCUCACACAAUAGAGGCAGACUUUUGGUUAAAACAGAUCCUGCGAUUUGACCCGGAUACCAGGUUUAUGCCUUCCUUCUUCGGCAUUCAGCUGGUUUUGGCAGGCUUCCCGGUCCUGCUCGUCGUCGACCGUUUUCAAAAAGAGUCGGGCACCGACAUUCUCAAUGCAGGAGAGACCAUCAUACGAGCCACAGAAUCAUGCUUGGUCUCUAGAAGCACAGAAUAUGGAAAGAUGUUUCGGCAAGUGAUGCGCAGCGCACUUUCACAGGCCUGGGGUCGUCCUUUGAGUGGUAGCGAGAUUCGGCGUCGCCGCCAAGCAAUAGUUCACCUCUAUCAGUGGAUACGCAAGGAGAAUGCUUGA